GGAACUUCUGUUGUUCCUCAUGUUAACAUACAAUUUAGCACCAUGAAGGAACUGGUCAGAAAAACUUUUGCCACUGAACAAAUAGAAGGGGUUGCUGAUCUGGAUGUGAUGGCUUUAGCACACCAGAGGCAUGACAAUACUUCACCGAUAGCACCACCAGUUGAGGAGCCCGAAAGACCAGCUGAUCAACCACCAACUGCGGACAUAGCACAGGAGACAAUUCCCCAAGAAAUUGAGACUGGGUCAAUUGAGGAAGAUAUCAACAAUGACAUAGGGUUCACUCCAGCUCAAACUCGGUUCUUAAAUGAUUAUACUGAGCGAAACCAGGCAAAUCUUAAGAAAAAGAACUGAGUGCCACACGCUCUCUGAACACUCUUGGCUGACGACGUUUUGUGAUUAAGGACUGAGGUUGUGUUUCCUCAUUCUGCCACAUCAUCAUUAUGGGUUCGGUGUUUACCAAAACCGAAAAGCUGAUUGUCAACUCAGAGAAGACGUCACUUAUCUGUCAAGAAUUCAAAAACGUGGGUGAGGAUGUCCAAACAACCACGCACUGAGCAGUCCAAAAGUGUCACGUCAGAGAAAAGACAGUCCACAAAUGCCAGACAACGGGGGCAAACCUUCCAUCAUAAAGAACUUGUGGAUAUGGUUCGGCUCAUUGAUGAGUUGAGUGCCACACGUGCCCCAAGAGGGCAGGUGAACCAGCAAAAACAUGACAUAAUGUCUCAAGUAGCUACCUAUCUUAAGGAAAAAUAUGGAACAUUCCACACUUCCAAACAAGUAAAAAAACGGUUCUCCGACUUAAAGGUUCGCAAAACUCGUAGACUGGGGUCUAUUCGCCGACAGAUUGCUGAAGAACAUGAGCCAAAGGAAGACACACAGUUGCAGGCAAAAUGUACAGAUGAGGAGGAGCCAAGUGUUAGUGGCAAUUGCAACAAGCCAGAUGAGAAUCAGGAAAUGUUGGUUUGCCCGGAAACAGAAUAUUUUACAUUGCAUUUGCAACCCAUUGAUAGUGAAAAAUUUGAACAACUUCCAGAGCCACAAAGGGAGAAUCCAGAAACCAAAACUAUUAGAUUUCUGGAUCGGAGGCUAUGUCAAAUGCAAGAAGAGUUAACUAGCCAAAUGUCCACCUUAAUCCAAAAAAUGGAGGAGAAAAUAAAUGCAAAACUUGACCAUGUGCUUGCUCGAAUUACUGUUUUGGAAGAAAAAUGCAAUGUUUUGAAUCCGUAAAACACCCCAAAAAUAUACACGUUUCAGUGUUAGGGUGGUUUC